AUGUCGAUUAUUCCCUAUAACAAUAAUAAGGAUGUACUUUAUCAUAACCCUAAUGAUGGGAUUAUGGUUGUUCAUGAUCCUCAUAAAAACACUAUAAAACUACUAUCCACCGUUGCAUCCGAAACACAGAGAGAAUCCAAUGAGAGUAAACAAACAAGGAGACCAUCACGGGUCUUUAACAAUGAUCAAUUUCCUCAUAACACAAGCAUGACGAAAUGUCCCAACUGUGGGUUCACAUGGAACGAGUUCAGUAAUGCUCGAUCCAGGAGAAGCAGCUCGCAUUCCUCAUCUGGCCAUUUCAAUAUAUCAUUGCCGCAAGAAUACUUAUCGCAAUCGUUUAUUCAUACCGACUAUUUCAAAUUGAUAGGCAAACUCCCAUAUAGCGAAGAGCAUACAUGCAAACUGACACUUAACAAUUCUUUGCCUGAAGGGGUAUUUAAUCAAGGAUAUUUUAAACGGUUUUUCAAAAAAAUCGAUCCAUAUACGCUUGGUUCAGGAGCCCAUGCACAAGUUUACAAAGUCAAUCAUGUGUUGAACAAUAUCGUUUUGGGAACAUAUGCCGUUAAAAAAAUAAACAUUGGUGGGCAACUUGAAUUUUUGCAACAGGUUCUAAAUGAAGUGUUGAUUUUGUAUGAGUUGUCUACCACAGGAGCUAAUGAGAACAAUUUAAUUAGAUACAAUCAUGUUUGGUUGGAAAUGGGAGAGUUAGAUGAUCUGAACUCCAUUUUUUUCCAAACACCCAAAUCGGCCGACAGAAAAGAAAUAAAAGUGCCAUAUGUUUUUAUUUUGCAGCAGUAUUGCGAUGGUGGCCACUUGGAAGAUCUAAUCAAACGCAAUUUCACAAUUAAGGAAAAUCUUACUUGGAAAGAAAAAGUCGAACUAGAACGGAAAAAGAGACGUGCCGUGAAACUUGGGGAUGAAACGAUACCAAAGGGGAAACAAUGGCUUAGUACUUUUGAGAUAUGGAAGUUCUUUCAUGAUGUCGCCAACGGAGUCAAUUAUCUACAUCACAAUGGCAUUUUGCACAGAGAUAUGAAACCUUCAAACUGCUUACUAGAUGUGAAAUAUGUCUCACAGGAGAUUAAACUGACUUUUGAGAGCCAAGAGGAUUUUGAACAGCAUUUGUACAAGUUGCCAAGAGUUUUAGUUUCUGAUUUCGGAGAAGGAAAGUUCAUCGAGAAGCGUCAAAAUAUCAACUUAGAAAACUUAUCUGAUAGACAGGGUAACACAGGAACAUUGGAAUUUACUGCUCCUGAAUUGUGGUUAUAUGCAUGCGAUCCUAAAUUUGGAAAUGAUGGUAAGAAGUUUUACAAUGACUUUACUUAUGAAAGUGAUAUAUAUUCUUUAGGUUUGAUUUUAUGUUAUUUGUGCAUUGGGAAGUUGCCCUUUUCUGAUAUCAUUCGAGAUGAAAAUGAUCCACAAGAGGCAAGAACCAAAAUCAUGAAUUGGUAUAACAAUUUGAGGUUUGCAAGUUUCAGCGAAUGGUUUGAGUCGCAGAUUCACGAUAGAGAGGGGGUUAUGGACGAGUGCAUGGCGGAUUUCCAGAAAUUAGCAUACAAAAUGAUCAAAGGAGAAGAUGAAGUUGUUGUUGUUGGUGGCGGCAGUACCACCUCUCGUAUUGGGUCCAAGGAUGUUUUGUUGUACUUAAAUAAUAUAAAGUGGGAGAGAUUUAUAAAUACUGGCCACACUUUUACUAGUAGUGAUUCACGGAGUAUAAACAAUGAAUUGGCAAUUAUUGAAAAAGAUGAUCGGGAUCUCUAUUCUUUCAAUAAAGACUAUGUACCAUCUUUACUUCAAAACGAGGAAUUUAGUGACGAUGAUGAUAUAGAGUACGAAGGACAGCAUGAUUUUGAUCACAUCAAUCUAACAGAGGAUGAAUUUGAAGACGACCUAUCACGGAGUUAUCAUGAAUCGGCGGAUCCGGUUAAAUCUGACUUUUUUCAAAUCGAUACGUUCAAGACUGUCCCUAUUUAUUGCAUCGAAUUAGUGUUGUUAGAGUAUCUUUCGUUUUAUUCUCCCAGCUUUUCGAAAUCAACUUUGAAGCUCUGCAUAUUUAGCUCCAUUGGGUUGGAUAUAUUUGUGAUUGAAAGAACCAAACUUAGAACCAUGUUAUUUUUGUUGCUAUCAAUAGUAUUGUCCAUACUUUUGGCUUACGAAUUGGGUCAUCUGAAUCCUUAUAUAGUUUGA